UUAGAACUCAACCUAGCAUUUGUAAGCGAUUGGAGACUGAAAUUUUUUUCCGAAACUUAUUGAAUAAUUAAACUCGAAAUAGACUUGAUUCCAUCGCGAAUCCCUCGCCGAACCCUUUGCUCGCGACAACCGUCCGUCGCAUAAGUACUUCGCCGGACCUCCUUGUUUCGUGGCCGUCCCUCAAUACGGCGUCGGCUUCAGAUCCCAACCAAGCAGCCGCUGGCCAAGUUUUUUCAUAUCCUGACCCGAAUAUUCUCCCACUUUUUCCGGCGGUCUUAAAGCCGGAUUUGGGGUGAACCGUUUCGUCGUGGAGGUAUAAGUAAACCAAUUUUGCAGGUUUCGUUGUUUCUUCAACCCCGCCCAAUGGAUCUCCUUGGAUCGGCCAUUCCUGGAGAUGUUGGUUUGCGUUUGCUUCUUACUCCUAUUUGUUCCAAUAUUGUGAUUAGAACUGCUUGCUGCACUGUGGGGACUGUUUUACCAGUAUACUCUACUUUCAAGUCGUUAGAAAGAAAUGAUCAAGAAGAACGAGAUAAGUGGCUUGUAUAUUGGGCAGUGCAUGGAACUUUCAGCCUUGUUGAAGUGUUUUCUGAUAAGCUGAUUUCCUGGAUCCCAUUCUAUUAUCAUAUGAAGUUUGCUUUUCUCAUAUGGCUCCAGCUUCCAUCAAAUAAUCAGGGUGCAAGCCACUUAUAUAGAAGGCACAUACGCCCCUUCUUGUUGAAGCAUCAAUUUAAAUUUGAUCUAAUGCUCAACUACACAUGUGGUGAAAUUGCAAAGUUUCUUGUUGUUUACGAAACUGAAAUCCAGUGCUUGAAGAACUUGAUUAUAAAAGGCGCAACAACAGCUCACCAGAUGUUGAAAGACUUUGGACUGUUGAGCUCUCAGGGGAGUGGGGGCCCGAAUACGCUCACAAGGUUAACUAUUCAGGACUCAAAUGAUGCUGAGAAUUAAUCUUCAUUCUGUCUAUUGCUCGGUAUGAUGGUUUUGAUUUUAAUAGGGCUUGAACCUUAUAGUCAUGUAAAGUGUAUAGUUCAUUCCAAUGUUUUUUUUUUUUUUUUUUUAACAUUUAUGCUAACCUACUGAAGGUUUUUCUGAUCUCUCGGUUGUCUUUUGAGUUACUAUUGGAACUACUUUUCUUUGAAUAUAUAAAUCACUUUGGUCUGUUGGUUGA